CAUGGCUGCAGUAGAAAAGAGAGCCCGCACGUUUGUGCGAGUCAAGCCAACGGCUGAGUUUGCUCAGGACAUGAUCAAGUUCGGGCCAGACAACAAGAGCAUAGAUAUAUACAUCCAAAAAGACGCCAAGAAAGGAGUUGUGAAUAACAGGCAGACGGACUGGUCCUUCAGAGUGGACGGCGUCCUUCACAACACCUCCCAGGACCUGGCUUACGAGACCGUGGCGGAGAAAUUGGUGUCUGAUGCUUUAAUUGGCUACAGUGGUAAUUUGUGGCUCUUUGAAUUAUUCUGA